AUGGCCGGACCACGGGCGCCGGCUCAGGGUCGCGCUAGCUGCCCGUCCCGGGGCCGCUCCUCUAUGCCCCGCAACUUUUCCGCCGCGAGCCUCGGCCCGGAACAGAACGCGCCGCCGCCGCGCGCGCCCGCGCCCGCCGCGCGCCCCGCCCCCGGCCGCCCCCUUGUCACCACCCAGGAGGACCAUAAAUCAGUACCAGGCAAGGCCCGGAGCCCGUGGCUGACCUUUCCUGGGGUCGUCCUCUGGAUCAAUGGCAGUGCAGCUCGCAGUUCACCCUUUCUGGCCCAAACCCAAUACCUAAAGAGAGGAGCGCAGCGCCGCCGCCCGGCCCCUCCAGCUUCCCGGACCACGGCCAACCUCGAGCGCACCUUCAUCACCAUCAAGCCGGACAGCAUGCAGCGCGGCCUGGUGGGCAAGAUCAUCAAGCGCUUCGAGCAGAAGGGGUUCCGCCUCAUGGCCAUGAAGUUCCUCCUGGCCUCUGAAGAACACCUGAAGCAGCACUACAUUGACCUGAAGGACCGCCCAUUCUUCCCUGGGCUGGUGAAGUACAUGAACUCAGGGCCGGUCGUGGCCAUGGUCUGGGAGGGGCUGAACGUGGUGAAGACAGGCCGAGUGAUGCUUGGGGAGACCAAUCCAGCAGAUUCUAAGCCAGGCACCAUUCGUGGGGACUUUUGCAUUCAGGUUGGCAGGAACAUCAUUCAUGGCAGUGAUUCAGUAAAAAGUGCUGAAAAAGAAAUCAGCCUACGGUUUAAGCCUGAAGAACUGGUUGACUACAAGUCUUGUGCUCAUGACUGGGUCUAUGAAUAAGAGGUGGACACAGCAGCAGUCUCCUUCAGCACGGUGUGGUGUGUCCCUGGACGCAACUCUUCAUUCUACUGACUUAGAGGCAACAGGAUUGAUCAUUCUUUUAUAGAGCAUAUUUGCCAAUAAAGCUUUUGGAAGCUGGAAAAAAAAAAGAAA